CUUGAGACUUUUUGGAGUAAAAUCUUGGGAUCGCUAAAGAAUCCAUCGACACCGGUUUUCUGUGAUCAAGAUGGAGACGAUUUUGUCAAGGGCAGCACCUUUGCUGUUGCCACAAUGUGGCCAAGCAGCACAGGCUCGUGGCAUGGCAACAUUGAAGGAAAUCCGACUUCGUCUCAAGUCAGUUACAAAUAUUCAGAAAAUCACAAAGUCCAUGAAGAUGGUGUCUGCUGCCAAAUAUGCAAAAGCUGAAAGAGAGCUAAAACCAGCGCGCCAGUAUGGUAUUGGAGCUAAAGCUUUUUACCAGAAGGCAGAAAUAGCCCAGGAUAAAACUAAACCAAACCAUCUGGUAGUGGUUAUGUCCUCUGACCGUGGUCUUUGUGGUGGUAUCCACUCUUCUGUAGUCAAAUAUGUCAGGGCCAAGAAGGAAGAAGAAGGAUCUACAGUUGAUACCAAAUUUGUUGUCAUUGGUGAUAAGGCUAAAGGAAUCUUACAGAGAACUCUAGCCAGUAAUAUUUUGGUCAGUUUCAAUGACUAUGGUAAGAGGCCUCCAACUUUUAGUGAUGCAGCUUUAGUGGCAAAUACACUUUUGAAUUUGGAUUUCAAGUAUGAAAGAGCAACUUUAAUCUUUAAUACUUUCAAGAGUGUGAUCUCUUAUAUUACUACUGAAUUGCCACUCUUCAAUGCUGAUGCCAUUCAAAAUUCUCAGAAAAUCAAUCUGUAUGACAGUCUGGAUGAAGAUGUUUUAAAAAGCUACAAUGAGUUUUCUUUAGCUAGUUUGAUUCUGUUUGCCAUGAAAGAAGGGGCUUGCAGCGAACAGAGUUCCAGAAUGACAGCUAUGGAUGCUGCCAGCAAGAAUGCAGGUGAAAUGAUUGGAAAACUGACUCUGACCUUCAACAGAACCCGUCAAGCUGUAAUCACCAGAGAACUUAUUGAGAUCAUUUCUGGAGCUGCUGCACUUUAAUUUAUUUGACCUGUUAGUUUUCUAUAUUUUUUGGUGUAAUAAUGUAGGACAGAUGAAAAAUAGGGAGACAUGUAUUUUUCAAGAAAUUAUACCAUCUGUUUGUAUGCCUAAAUAUGUUGGCUGUAUUGUUUAAGUACACACUCAUAUGACAGAAUAAAGACACAAACUUGA